AUGGGUAGGAAUUUGCUGGUUUUUUGUUUUGUUUGUGUUGUUUUUGCAUUGAUAAACUUCUCUACUGCUUAUGAAAAGCCACCAAGAGUGGAGUUUUAUAAGAUCCAAAAGGGAGAUUUCUCUGUCAAGUUCACAAACUGGGGUGCCUCCAUUGUCUCAGUAAUUCUUCCUGAUAGAAAAGGGAAGUUGGCUGAUGUUACUCUUGGUUAUGAUAAGACCUCACCAUAUACGAAUGACACAACAUAUUUUGGUGCCACAGUAGGAAGGGUUGCUAACAGGAUUGGAGGGGCCAAAUUUACCCUAGAUGGAAAAACAUAUAAAUUAGUUGCCAAUGAAGGAAAUAACACACUUCAUGGUGGUCGUAGAGGAUUUGGUGAUGUGAUUUGGACGGUAAAGAAAUACAAACCAGAGGGUCACAACCCUCAUAUCACAUUCACUUAUCACAGUUUUGAUGGCGAACAAGGGUUUCCUGGUGAUGUUGCGGUAACUGUAACAUAUAUGAUCCUUGGGAAGAACAAGUUGACUGUGAACAUGAAAGCCAAAGCCAUAAACAAGGCCACCCCAAUAAAUCUAGCUCAACAUGUCUACUGGAAUCUAGGAGGGCAUAACAGUGGUAAUAUCUUAUCCAAUACUGUUCAGAUCUUUGGGUCUCAUAUCACUCCGGUCGACAAAGAUUUGAUCCCUACCGGCGAGAUCGUAUCAGUGAAGGGCACACCAUAUGAUUUCACAAAACCAGCUAUUAUUGGAAGCAAGAUCAAUCAGCUUCCAAAUGGAUAUGACAUCAAUUAUGCCCUAGAUUUGAAAGAGGGCAGAGGCAGGCAUUUGCUGAAGAAGGCAGCCAUGGUUUAUAAUAGCAAGUCUGGAAGAGUGUUGGAACUGUGGACUAAUCAGCCUGGACUGCAGUUUUAUACUGGAAAUAUGAUUACAAGUGUGGAAGGGAAAGACGGAGCAGUGUAUCACAAGUAUGGAGGAUUGUGUUUGGAGACUCAAGGGUUUCCUGAUUCUGUGAAUUACCCUAAUUUCCCUUCUCAGAUUGUGUAUCCAGGGAAGACAUAUAGACAUGUCAUGGCUUUUAGGUUCUCAACUACAAAAUAAGAAAAUUAUGGGAGAUAAGAUAGAGGAAGGAAGAAGAAAUUGGGUC